AGAAGAAGAAAGUAAACAAACACAUGUGAGUUAAUUUUGUUGAAAAUAAGAUAUCGCGCCAGAUAGACGUGAAAUAAAAUGGUACGUAAAAGAAAAAUUCCUGCCCGUAAGCACCAUGGAGUACGAGAUCCGCUAAAACAACUUGAAGAAAAAGAAAAAAAGCUGCGUAAAGUUACUAACAAUCCUCCUGAGCGUGAUACUCAGCAAGUUUCAUUCAAAUUCGCACAAUUUAAAAAACUAGUUGAAGACACCAAAGCUGGUAAGAAAAUUAAGCGAAUACACAAAGGAAGAGAAGAUUUACCUAAAGAUAAAUUAGCAAAUUCCAAAAAAAUCGGUAACAUCCAGCAGUUAAAAGAAGAGACCGAUGAAGAUUACUUAAAGCGUGUAAAUAGAAUAACUUCUCAAUCCUUGCGGGAAGCACAAUACGAAGCUAAAUAUGGUGUCAAUGUUAUUCGAAAUGCAAAAACUGGAGAAAUUUCAAUAACCAAAAAACCAAAGAAUGAAAUUGAUGAAUUAAUAAAAGAAAAACAAAAGAAUAAAGGAAAAGGUAAAAUAUCUAAAACUAAGGGAAAAGAAAAAGCUGGAAAGCCUCUGGAUCCUGAAACUGCAAAAGAAUUGAUUAAACAAGCCAUUAAGGAAGAUAAAGAAGAGAAAUCCCAAGAAAAUAAGGAUUUGGAAGAAUAUAAAUAUGAUACAGUACGCUUCGGAGAAAUUGUACAUGCGCCCCCAACACUUACCACCUUGCCUCGAAGAGCUGAAAAAUCUGAGACAGUUCCAAGACCAGGGAAAAAAUCCAAUUUGCUGCUUAAAACGUUAUUACCUAAUACUAAAUGUGAUAAUGUUCAAAUAGAGAGUAAAAGUAAACCAGUUUCAAGUAAAGUGGAAAAAGUAAUCCUUAGCGGCAAGAGGAAAAAACUUCCUAUGGCGACAAGAAAAAUGAUUGAAGAUGAACAAAACAAAUUUAUCGAGAUUUACAGGAAUAUGAAGAAAAAAGAAGUAACGACAUCUUGAUAAUCAGGCUUAGAAUUACAGUGUAAUUUUUAUUGUAAAAUUAAAUGAUAACAAAACAUAUUUCAAAAUAAAAAUCACCUACUUCAAUUAGCUAAAA